AUGCUCACCUACGGAGACAGAUCUGAUUCAGUUGUUUCGCCAAAGCCAUCCGCUGCACACCUCCUAGGGAACAUCCAUUCCAUGACAACUGAGCAACAAGUUCGUCAUAUUUGGAUUAUCACUGGCCCUGCCGGCUGCGGAAAAUCAACAGUUGCCCAAUUUAUAGCAAAACAGCUCAAUCUUCGCUUCAUUGAAGGGGAUGAUUUCCACCCUAAAUCAAAUGUUGACAAGAUGGCGAACGGUAUUCCCUUGACCGAUGACGACCGUUGGGAUUGGCUUGAGACUCUACGGAACAAGGCUGUCGAGGAACUUGAACGAGGAGCUGAGGGCUGUGUUGUCACCUGCUCCUGCCUCAAGCGCCGAUAUCGCGAUGUGAUUCGAAUUGCCGGUCGGGAAGCGGACGAUGUUGCCGUUCGCUUUGUCUACUUGGCAGCUAGCGAAGAGCUAUUGCUCUCCCGAGUCCGCGCUCGCAAGGACCACUUCAUGAAGGACGACAUGGUUCACAGCCAGUUUACCGCCCUCGAAGAACCAGACGAAACCGAGGUGGACGUUGUUCAUGUUGAUGUCAGCGGUACUCCUUCCCAAGUACAAAGUCUGGCGCUGCAAAAGGUCCAAGAAUGCAUGGAAUCGGAUUAG